ACUCCACGUCAGUCCCACUAAUCUAAAUCCUAAACCCAACAGAUUAGGAGUAGGAUUAUCCAAAGAUUCCAAACAGCGCUAUUAAUCUGCUACAGACGGUUAAACCGACUUGUCUCCCGCUACGACUACCGGCCGUCCCGGUACUUUAUCUUUGCCUCAAUUCUCAGUAUAAACUCUCUCUCUCUCAAACAGUAGGCGUUAAUCUCGUCGGACCUUCGUCGCCGCCGCCGAUCUUCGUCUUCACUUAUAAAACAUCAAAAGUUUUGGUAGAUGGCUGAUAAUGAGGAGGGAGAGAAAACUACCUCCCGUGCAAAUGAAUGGGAAGUAGUGUCACUCUCGGCAUCAGCAUAUGCUGCUGCUCCAGGUCCGGAAAGGGUUGAAUUGAAUGAUAAUGAUGAGGGAAAUACAGUUGCGGAGGACGAAGCUGAAACUUCCCGUGCAAUGUUUAUGUCUGGUCACUUUGUCUUUCCACCAAGUCAACAUGAGAAUUUGCCCUUGGAACCUGAAAAUAUUGAGAUUGAGGACAUACGGAGAAUUGAUGUUAUAGAUCCUGAGCUGGAAGCUGAGGAAGGCGGUAGAUCAGAUGCAAAGGAUGACGAGAACUGGAGCAUCAAAGGAUUGGCUGUGCCAGAUGAGUUUCCCGGAAUCCAAUUUUUUGAUGAAAAGGGUAACAGAUUGCAAGGGGUAAAUUUGAUUGAGAAAGAGCAGAGUCCACACAGUGGUCCUGAAUUUAGUUCUUUCCAUGGUGAAACAAAUGAGGGUGGGUCGCCAACUUAUGAAGAGCACACGGUCAUUCCUGGUCCAGUUGAAUGCCUUGAGGGAAGCUUAGAUUCUGAUAUCUCACAGUUGCCAAAGCCUGCAAAGAAAGAUAAAUAUGACAGGUCUGAUCCUCCUGGUGAAGGUUGGUGGAGGAGGAGAGCUUGUUCUCUGUAUGCACAGGCAAAAGAGGCAAAUGCAUUUUGGUCUAUAUUUGUCACUGCAGCUGUGAUGGGCCUUGUAAUUCUUGGGCAGCAUUGGCAGCAAGAAAGGUGGCAAGCUUUGCAGCUUAAGUGGCAGGUUAGCGUCAAUGAUGAGAAGAUGGGCAGGAUGCUGGGUCCCAUAUCUCGUUUGAAAGAUGUGAUAGUGGGCGGUAGCGGGAGGGGUUCUUUUAUCACGGGCAGCUCGACCACUGAGAGUUAAGGGGAUGACAAAAGCUAUUCCCAUGAGAGAGGGAGAGGUGUAAAAUGUGGUGAUGUGCUCGUUUUGCGUCACUUGUGUGAUUCACCUGAUUUUUCCUAAGCGAAGCUACAGGGUUACGUUUGUUGUCAAUAUUUGGUUAUUGGUAUAACAUGUUACUAUUCCCGGUCUAUUUCCAGCUAGCCUGCUUCAUAUUUGCAUAACCUGAUAUAUCUGUGUACUUCAGGUUCAUUUUCUUCUUUAA